UGGAGUCAGUUGGUUGCUUUGUGAAGAAGAAAGAGCCAGUCCUCUGAGGAGCUGCCCACAAGAAACACCAAGGAGGUAUGAAGAUUUUGAGAUAAGGAGACAGCAGCAUAGAACCCCAGCAAAAGAUGACAACACUGUGGAGCAUGGCUGGGUGAGCACCUUGAUGCCCUGGUGUGGCUCUGGCUGUGGAGUGCCGGGAGCCCAAGUGGCAGUGCCAGCCCAGUUAUGGCCAGGCGCUGUGGCAGACCAUGGACCGUGUGCUCCCCUGGGCCAUUCACCCCCAGCUGCUGCUGCUGGCUCUGUGCUGGCUGAGCCAGGCACAGCUCUGGUGGUUGAGGUCCUAGGACACACCUUGGCUGUGCUGUUUCAGGGCACACCUCGGCUGCACAGCCCCAGAAGAGGACAGGACUGAGCUGUCUGUAGCUCUUGGGGUGGCAUUUGGGUAGUCAGGAACUCGUGUGUGUGUGUGCAUGUGUGAGUAAGGCAUGCAGGGCAGCAUGUAAAAACACAUCUGGAGAGAGAAAGUCUCAACAGAGAUUAGAUAAAAAUGUAAUUAAACACAGGGAGCUUCCUGUCAAUUACUCAACUCUUGUAUAACUCUUGGGACUGGCUGCCUUCACAGAUGGCUGCUCUGCUGUCAAAGGCAUUUGCUGGGCACCUGUUGGAAAAAGUGCCAGGUCAGCAGGGAAUUAAUUGCACCAGCAUCUUUCCUUGUAAUAAGAUUUAAAAGUCUAGAAGAAAACUGCUGAAAGGUCUUACAGCUCCUCAGACAAACCUGUGAUGCAUCCUACUGCUUCAUGCUCCUCAUGUACUCACAGCAAGUGACUGUGAUGGGGACAAGGACAUUGCAGUGGCCUGGAGGAUCUCCAGGGCUCAAGUAGGAGGCAGAGGAGGCUGCAUGUCCCCCCUUGGAGCAUGGCCAUGGCUGCUGCUGGACCAGAGGGCACUGGGUGGGAGCUGCUGCUGUCCCCAGCCCCUCUCAAAGGCUGCGGCAUUUCUCUCCUUCCCCUGCCACUUGCACCCAGGCCUGAGCUUUAGUGAGUGGCUGCAAGGCAGAGAGCUCUGCAGCUGCAGGCAGUACCCAGACACGUGGGGUGCCUUUGUUUGCCUGGGUGAGCAGCCAAGUUGCAGCCCAUCUCCAGCUUCGUACCAGCUGCAGAUCCCAGGCAGCUGACUGGCCUGCCAAAAACCUAAACACGUCGAGGACCAGGGAGUGGCUUGUGCCAGAGCUGAAUAAUGAUGAUCCCAGCACACUUAUAAAGAGAAGCAGAGAGCUCACCAGAGCUGUUCCUUGCCGCCCUGGUCCUCUGCAGAGCAUCACUGUGCCUCGCCCACCAAGGUGCAUUUCCCACCUGCAUCCCAGUGCAGCCAUGCUGGGCACGGCAGUGCGGCUCUCGGUGCUGCUCAGCCUCUUCAGCGUUGGGAAAGGCCAGAUGUUUCACAUGGGACCGUGCCCAGAUCCAUCUGUUCAAGAAGACUUCGAUAUCAACAAGUAUUUGGGGAAAUGGUACGAGAUAGAGAAGCUGCCCUCAACUUUUGAGAAAGGAAGCUGCAUCCAGGCGAAUUACUCAUUGAAGGAGAACGGGAAGUUCAAGGUGAUCAACAAGGAGAUGCUUGCCAAUGGCAGAAUCAACGAAGCUGAAGGAGAGCUCAUGCACAUGGAUGUGAAGCAGCCGGCCAAGCUGGGCGUGCGCUUUAACUGGUUCAUGCCUGCUGCCCCUUACUGGGUCAUCUCCACUGACUAUGAGAAUUACUCCCUGGUUUACUCCUGCACUAACAUCCUCUGGCUCUUCCACAUGGACUAUGCCUGGAUUCUGUCAAGAGCUCCUGACAUGCACCCAGAAACCGUGGAGAACCUGAAGGGAGUUCUCCAGUCCUACAAGAUCGACACCGAUAAGAUGAUCCCCACUGACCAGGCCAACUGCCCUGCUGAGAUGUAACUCCUGGCAUGCAGUGACACAGCACCAGACCAGAGAUAAACUUUGCUGCUUGCUUUAUUAUCCAUUAGAAUUUCUCUGCGUACCUGAGAAUUUUAAUAACAUUAGUUUGCCAGCCCAGAUGUACUCCUUGCUGUCAUUCCCUGUAUUGCUCUUCCCCCUCUUUUUGUCUUUCUCUGAUUUUUGUAGCAUAACUGUCUGAGUCAGUGCUAAUGGGUGAAAGAAAGAAACCCUGCAGUGCAGACCUGAAACUCUGCUGCUGCUGUGAGUUCUCCAAUAUGGGGAUGGGAAAGGGUGUGAGAUGUGAUGUGCAAGUAUUAAUCCUGGGGAAAAAUCCUUUAUCACACAGCCCCAUGUUCAUUUCCAAAUUUUGUCUUGAUGUUUCUGGGCCUGCCAGGAAUCUGCAGUGUUUAAGCUACACUGUGGGCACUGCCUUAGCAUAGCAACAUCCAGACAUGGUGGGUCUAUGCAGCCAGGGAACUGAGGCUGGGAGGGUCUUGAAAGUUUCCCAAUGCAGGGCAGUAGGCAUACAUUGCUGCUAAGUCAGCAGACCUCCUUGCCAGAAAUCAGAUCUUGCCUUUUGUCUUUUAAAUCUAAAAAUGUCCAGAGAUCCAGCAUCACUCCAUCUCCAAUAUCUAUAUGUGUCCUCCUCUUGCCUCUAAUGAGGCUGGUCCGAGGGGCCAGCUCUGACUGUACUUGUAAGCAGGCAUAAAGAGAUGGGGCUACUCCCUUGUUCUGUCUUCCAGAGGCUUUUCCCUGAGCAGCAGGAGACAGCAGGCUGUGCCUGACAUCCUGCACUGCUGCUGCACGUGCCAGUGCCCGCUGGCGCUGCAUCUGCCCCGGCAGGUGCUCAGCAGGCACCGCGACAGCUCUGCUUGGAUAGCACUCAUGCAACUCAUUAAAAAUGAAAUAAAAAUACCUGCUUCAGGCCUUUUGUACCCUC